AUGGCAGAGGAAGCUGCCAUGGCGGGUCUGUGCGGGAGCGAGAGCGUGAGCGCUCCGCAGCAGGAACUGGUGUCAUUUGAAGACGUUGCUGUGGACUUCACCUGGCAAGAGUGGCAGCACCUGGAUGUUGUUCAGCAAAACCUCUACAGAGAUGUGAUGCUGGAGAACUACAGCAGCCUGAUGUUCUUGGGUGAGCUAAACUCCCAAUUGAAAACUCUACACAAAAUGCAGUGGCCAGAGACUGAUAAUUUUAAACAAUUCCAGAACACUGUUUACCAGAAGUUACAUCAGACAUGUUAUGAAGGAACAAACACAGGUGACAAGCUGUUUGAAUGUAGGACAACUUUUAUCUCCAAGUCACACCUCACUAAUCAUCAGAGAACUCAAACAGGUAACAAUCCUUAUGACUGUAAUGUAUGUGGAAAAACUUACCUUGCCCAGUCACCUCUCACUGUGCAUCAUCGAGCACACACAGGUGAAAAGUCAUAUGGAUGCACUGAAUAUGGGGAAGCUUUCAUCUCUAUGUCACAUCUCAUCAGUCAUCAGAUAACUCACAUAGGUGAGAAGCCAUAUGAAUGUAUUGAAUGUGGAAAGGGCUUCAUCUGCAAGUCACAUGUCACUAAUCAUCAUAGAACUCACACAGGUAAGAAACCAUAUAAAUGUAUUGAAUGUGGAAAACGCUUCAUCUAUAAUUCAGAUCUUAUUAGGCAUCAGAGAAGUCACACAGGUGAAGCACCAUAUAAAUGUACUGAAUGUAGGAAAGCCUUCAUCACCAAUUCACAGCUCACUAUUCAUAAGAGAACCCACACAGUUGAUAAACCAUAUAAAUGUAUUCAAUGUGGAAAAGGCUUCAUCCGCAAGACAGAUCUCACAAGACAUCAGAGAAGUCACACAGGUGAAAAGUCACAUGAAUGUACUGAGUGCCAGAAAGCUUACCGCUUCAGGUCAGACCUAAUGAGUCAUUGGAGAAUUCAUACAGGUGAGAAGCCAUAUAAAUGUAUUCAAUGUGGAAAAGGCUUCAUCCGCAAGAUAGAUCUCACAAAUCAUCAGAGAAGUCACACAG